UUUUUGUGUGUGUGUGUGACUUUAGCCGAGUGAGAGCCAUACCUAUGCUGAUAUCAAAGCUGCUUAUAAAUGUCUUGAAGAGACAUACGGAACAAAACAGGAAGAUGUAAUCCUUUAUGGCCAGUCAGUAGGAAGUGGACCUACACUAGAUCUCGCUGCUCGGUUGCCUCAGUUGAGAGCUGUUGUUCUCCAUAGCCCGAUUCUUUCAGGUCUUAGAGUAAUGUAUCCAGUGAAGAAGACUUACUGGUUCGACAUCUACAAGAAUAUCGACAAGAUCACACUUGUGAAUUGCCCGGUUCUUGUCAUUCACGGAACUUCAGAUGAAGUUGUUGACUGUUCCCAUGGAAAACAGUUAUGGGAACUCUCUAAAGAGAAGUAUGAACCGCUUUGGCUCGAAGGUGGUAGCCACUGUGAUCUAGAACACUACCCUGAAUACAUCAAACACCUUAAGAAAUUCAUCACAACCGUAGAGAGACGUCUCUCCUCGAGGGCGAGCGCGUGCCUAUCAGAGAACCAGGGCAGCGAGGUGGAAAUGCCGAGGCAGAGCGUAGAUAGAAUAGAGAAGCCACCAAGGGAAAGCGUUGAUAGAAGGGAGAAAGAGAAACCGCCAAAGGGUCCUUCGAAGAAGAGUAAGCUUAGAAUCACUUUCGAGCAGCAUUUAGAUCGGUCGAGGAGGAGCGUUGACCUCCACGACAAGGCAAGGAAGAGCGUUGACCAGCAUCAUCAGAUUGAGAGAGGGAGGAAGAGUGUUGAUAGGUUGGAUAGAGUACGGUCUGAAUAAAACGUACAGAUAAUUGUUACAGAUGGGUGUGAGCAUCUGCCUUGACUCUUAAGCAAACAGCUGAGUUAAAUUAGCCAAAAUAUUGGGUUUUUAA